AUGUUCCAUGGAUUGCCAAGUGAAGACCCCAUUGACCACCUUGAUGAGUUUGAUAGGCUUUGUGAUUUGACAAAGAUCAAUGGUGUCUCUGAAGAUGCCAUCAAGCUGAGACUCUUUCCUAUGUCUCUAGCUGACAAAGCUCACCAAUGGGAGAAGAGCUUGCCCCAUGGCACAAUCACCACUUGGGAUGAAUGCAAGAAGGCCUUUCUUGCUAAGUUUUUCUCCACCGGUCGCACAGCCAAGCUUAGAGGAGAGAUAUCCAGCUUCAUCCAGCGAAACAAUGAGACAUUCGCAGAGGCUUGGGAGAGGUUCAAAGGCUACACAAGUCAGUGCCCACACCAUGGAUUCAACAAUGAAUCACUACUCUCUACUCUUUAUAGAGGAUGCUUGCCUAGGUAUAGGGAGAUGCUAGACACAGCUAGCAAUGGGAACUUCCUCAACCAGGAUGUAGAUGAUGGCUGGCAACUUGUGGAGAACAUAGCUAACUCAAAUGGAAGCUAUGGAGAAGAGUAUGAUCGCACCAACCGGAGCUCGACCCACCACUCGAUCGAGUCAGACGAAAUUGAGAAAAGAUGUUAA